AUGUCCCUCUCCAACUGGACGGAGGGAGAGGAGACUCCGCAGAUCUUCAUCCUGAGGGACAUCCCUGGACUGGGCCCUGCGCACAGCUGGCUGAUUCUCCCACUGGGCGCCAUGUACCUCGUCUCCUUCGUGGGCAACUCCACCAUUCUGGCCGCUGUCCGCGCAGGGCAGGGUCUCUGUGCCCCCAUGUACCUCUUCCUGGCCAUGCUGGCGCUGGCCGACCUGGCGCUCUCGUCCUCCACGCUGCCCUCCAUGCUCAGCAUCUUCCUCCUGCGCUCCGGGGCGGUGAGGGCCGAGGCCUGCUUUGCCCAGCUCUUCUUCAUCCACACCUUCUCGGUCGCAGAGUCCGCCAUCCUGCUGGCCAUGGCCUUUGACCGCUUUGUGGCCAUCUGGAACCCUCUGAGAUACGCCUCCGUCCUGACCGGCUCCGCCAUCGGCAAGAUGGGCCUGGCCAUCGUCCUCCGGGCCGUGAUCCUGCACCUGCCUCUGCCCUUCAUGCUGCGCAGGCUCAGGUACUGCGGGGUCAAGGCGCUCUCGCAAUCCUACUGCGUCCACCCCGACGUCCUCAAGGUGGCCUGUUCGGACACUCGCCCCAACAGCGCUUACGGCCUCUUUGUCCUCCUCUCCACGCUGGGCCUGGACUUCGUCCUCAUCCUGCUUUCCUACGGCCUGAUCCUGAGGACCGUGUUGAGCAUCGCCACCUGGAAGGAGCGCCUGAAGGCCCUCAACACCUGCGUCUCCCACCUCUGUGCCGUUCUCCUCUUCUACACGCCGCUCCUCAGCCUCUCCAUGCUGCACAGGUUUGGGAAGAAGAGGAAGGCGUCUCCCCAGGUCUACCUGCUGCUCUCCUACCUGCACUUCCUCCUCCCCCCAGUCCUCAACCCCGUCAUCUACAGCGUCAAGACCAAGGAGAUACGCAGGAGGGUCCUUGGGAUGCUCUGCCGCAAGGGAUCGGGAGCCAGGCUCCGACUGUGA